GGCAGGUUAUCUAUGGGGUGAUGCCUGAAAAUUUCAUGGUUUAACGUCAUCAAGGCAAAUGGGUCUGUUAGACAAACUGUCAGGCUGGCUUGGCCUGAAGAAGAAAGAGGUCAAUGUUUUGUGUUUGGGACUGGACAACAGCGGCAAAACCACCAUCAUCAACCAACUCAAACCUGCGAAUGUAAGUGAAUGAAAUGACUGCAGACUGUUGUGUAUUUGGGGGACUGGUGUGCUUAGCAUGUGUGGACAGAGGCUAAAUUUGAAGAGUUGUUUAUUCCAUGAUCAUUGGGAAUGAAUACUGUGAAAGGUCCUAUUUGAAACAUCUUAACUCAAUCAUUCACCGGUUGUUUGUUUUCAGAAGUCCAAUCAUUUAGGCCCAUUGUCAGCAGAGUGGAAACAUGUUAGUCAGGUAAAACUCCUGUCAUACUUCCUUAUACUAUUUCCAAUUUGACAUACUCUUGCUGUUACUUGCCUGUAUGUGUGUAUCUCUGUCUGUAUGCAAAUUGUGUGUGUGUGAAUGUGGGUGCAUGCAGACUCCAUCUCAGGAAAUAGUUCCGACAAUUGGCUUCAACAUUGAAAAGUUCAAGAGUUCCAGGUAGAAUUCCUUCACCAUUCAAAAGGUGUAUACAUGAAUUAUUUACCCUUUUGCAUUUCAAUAACCCCUAACGUCUCUCUCUCUCUGUCUCCCUCCCUUCCUCUGCUUGCAGCUUGUCCUUCACAGUCUUUGAUAUGUCUGGGCAGGGCAGAUACAGAAACCUAUGGGAGCAUUACUUCAAGUAUGAAACACACCACAUGCCUAUUUCAUAAAAGUAAAAUAAAAUUAUAUGACUUAAUAUUGAUUAGGACCUCUCCUCGUGUUUUCUUCAGAGAAAGCCACGCCAUCAUAUUUGUCAUCGACAGCAGUGACAAACUGAGAAUGGUUGUUGCCAAAGAAGAACUAGAUAAUCUUCUCAACCACGAAGGUAAAAAAAUUAGAGUCUGUUUUUAUUUGAUUCGAUUAAUACCAUGUACACUUUGAUAGUUGCAUCCAUCUAGACUAAUCCCUACAGAUGUAACAAAAUAGAUACUGCAUAAUAAAAGCUGCUGUCUCUAACCAGCUUCAUGCAGAUUAUUCUGGUUUAUUUUCUAGAUAUUUGCUGCAAAAGGAUACCGGUGCUGUUUUUUGCUAACAAGAUGGAUCUGAAGGAUGCCAUGUCUUCAGUGAAGGUCACACAGAUGCUGUGUUUGGAGAACAUCAAGGAUAAACCCUGGCACAUCUGGUAAAACAUUCAAAUGUUUUUUUUAUCUACACACUCCUCAUCUUUUCCCACCAAUACCAUCAUGUGUUUCCAUGGUUACAACUUAAAGUCUUUAAGAGACUGAAGUAUCACUGGUUACUCAUGGGUUUCUUGUCAAUGUCUGAUAUGAACUUCUCUCUGCCUGUGGGUAGACAUUAUCAGAAGGCAGAGCGACACACUCACUCAAGAGCCUGGCUCUUUCAUAGAUGUGUUUUUCACCCCACACACUCAUUAAACAGAUGGAGGAUUAAAGGUGGACAGCUUGUAACACCUGUGAUCUGAGGAAAGUCAUCAGAAAGUGAAUACAUGCUUGAGGGAGACUAACUCCUUUACAUUUCAAUGUUUUAGCCCAAGCAACGCCAUCAAUGGAGAGGGUCUACAGGAAGGACUGGACUGGCUACAAGGUGAGUAAAGAAAUCAUCAUUUUGGACGGAAAAAUAAAACAGGGACAGAGAAUUGUGCAAAAAAAUUCUAUUAAAACCUCAAAUGUUUCUCUCUUUCUGUCCGUAGAGCAAAUUGCACAGUAAGUAUCAAAAUGCUAUGCUGUGUUAGUGUGUAAGGUGAUAGCCAUGGUAGUUUGUAUUUUCAUGUCUCUCUGGAUGGGACUGAAACAACGAGAGGCUGAUGGAUAACUUUCAAAAGCAGCAGUUCUUAGUGGCUGAAGUUAAAACUACAUUGACAUAUUCUAUGAUCCCUCAAUGACACGUACAGAUACAAAUCCCAUUCACAUGGAGCUUUCUUGUGAAAUAUAACACCUAAUUUUGAUUUCCCGUCAUCCAGUCUGAGUGUAAAUCUUUGUGAUGUUCCCAAUUUUUUUGUGAUUUGUUUGUAAAUUCAUUUCUUUUUUCUCCUUGUAUUUGUGUUCACACACUGAAUCUUUAGGUUCAAUGAUUAUUUUUGCCUUUGUCUCCUGACAGAUCAUGUCAAAACAAUGAAAACUUGAAUAACUGAAAUGCCUCUCACCAUAGUCAGUCGACGUGGCCGCCAGCAACGGAUCUCAUUCACCAACCUGAUAUUCAUCACAAUUGAUGUUGUAGGCCUUAAACUUUGAUAUGAAAUAGCCUAAAUGCAGUCUACACAAUAUGCUGUAUGAUUAUAACCUUUAUAAUUGUCAGUUAAAAUGUCCUUAAUACUGUUUCUAUAUAAAUAACCAGUACUCUAUUCAAAAUUGCUUCUUUUUUUAUUCUGUGACAAAAAUCGAUUGAAUUAAUUUAAGCAACUUACCAUUUUUUAAUAUUGUUGAAGGCUGAAUGUUUGACCUCCCCAAGAUAAUAAAG